AUGUCCCAGAGAUAUCAGCCACACCAAGGAGAAAGAGGGGAGAAGCCAAAAUGGAGAGGAGAAGAAGGAGAAGAGAGAAAGCAAGGGAAACCAUGCAAGUUCAAGCUCAAAAUCAAGGACAAUCAAGAAGGAGAGCCAAGAGCGAAGGCUAAGGAAGUGCAGCACAUAAGACGCAACAACGCUCUGCCAGCUUUUGAUGCGUUUGUAUUAUUGUUGCUCAUCUUUACUCUGGCCAUAUCCGCAUCUAGUUUGGGCCGCGCGGAUGCAACAAGCUCGCCGAUUCUCGAUGUUUACUCCGUGAAUCGAAGCUGUUUUCCGGCCGGAUUCCUUUUCGGCACUGCAUCAGCCUCUUUUCAGUACGAAGGUGCAGCAAAAGAAGGUGGAAGAGGACCCUGCAUAUGGGAUACGUUCACUCACAAAUACCCAGAAAGAAUAGCGGAUCGGAGCAAUGGAGACGUGGCCAAUGACCAAUAUCAUCGCUAUAAGGAAGAUAUUGGGAUCAUGAAGUAUAUGAAUUUAGAUGCUUACCGAUUUUCUAUUUCUUGGUCGAGGAUACUGCCAAAGGGAAAGCUAAGUGGAGGUAUAAACAAAGACGGAAUCAAAUAUUACAACGACCUCAUCGACGAGCUAUUGGCUAAUGGCCUGACACCUUUUGUAACUCUUUUCCACUGGGAUCUUCCACAAGCUCUGGAGGAUGAUUAUCGCGGUUUCUUGAGCCAUGACAUUGUGAAAGACUACAGUGACUAUGUGGAGCUAUGCUUCAAGGAAUUUGGGGACAGAGUGAAGCAUUGGAUAACACUGAAUGAGCCAUGGAGUUAUUGCAAUGGCGGGUAUGCAUUGGGAACUUUUGCACCAGGUCGAUGUUCUUCUUGGGUUAACCCUAAUUGCAUCGACGGUGAUUCCUCCGUCGAGCCCUAUUUAGCUGCUCAUAACAUGCUUCUUGCUCAUUCAUCUGCCGUCCAAAUCUACAAGUCCAAGUUUCAGGCAUCCCAGAAGGGUAUUAUCGGCAUAACAUUGGUGGCCCACUGGUUCGUACCCUUUUCAGAGAGUAACGACGACCAAGAUGCCGCUCAACGAGCCCUUGAUUUUAUGUUCGGAUGGUUUAUAGAGCCAUUGAAUUCAGGGAAGUACCCAGCGAGUAUGCAAGUACUAGUGGGAAGCCGAUUGCCUAAAUUCUCAGCAGAAGAAGCGAAGCUUCUGAAAGGCUCUUUUGAUUUUCUAGGACUCAACUACUACACUGCUUAUUAUGCCGCCCAUACCCUCCGCGCUCAGAAACCCGCCUACCAAACUGAUUCUCAUGCAAAUCUUACAACUGAGCGGAACGGCGGCGCACCCAUUGGUCCACAGUCUGCCUCUGAUUGGCUAUUUGUUUAUCCAAAAGGAAUUAAAGACUUGUUGCUCUAUGUGAAGACUAAGUAUAGCAAUCCUCUAAUUUACGUUACUGAAAAUGGUGUUGAUGAAUAUAAUGAUCCAACAUUAACAUUGGAGGAAGCCCUCAUGGAUACUUUUAGAAUUGACUUCUAUUUCCGCCAUCUUCAUUAUCUUAAAUCUGCGAUUAAGGAUGGCGUCAAUGUAAAAGGAUACUUCGCAUGGUCAUUACUGGACAACUUUGAAUGGGCUAACGGAUAUACAGUGCGUUUUGGAAUCAACUUUGUGGAUUAUAAAAACAAUAAUCAAAGAUAUUAUAAAGUGUCGACUCAAUGGUUCAAGAACAUCCUCCAAAAGAAAUAA